CCUCACAACAUCAACAGCUCAGAGAAGCAGAUCUGUGUGCUACACGAAGAGGAAAAGGGGCUCUUCUGUGAGGCAGAGGAGAGACUCCUCUGUGGGCCCUGCUCUGAGUCACCAGAGCAUGAGGCUUAUGGCCACAGCCCAAUAUAAUGGGCUGCUGAGGAGUGCAGGGAGAAACUUCUGAAGAAAAUGGGUCCUUUAUGGAGGAGCACUCAAGAAAUGCAAAACAAUCUAAAUCAGGAAAUUAGCAAAAUCCAUUCAUUAACGGACUAUGUGGCCCUCAGGAAAGGGAUGAUCAGAUAUCAAUAUCAGAAGUUGCGCCAAUUUCUCCUGGAGGAGGAGCAACGCCAUCUGGAGACAAUGGACAGAGAAGCAGAAGAGAUUUUUCGACAAUUCCAAAACAGUGAAGACUUGGAAAACAUACUGGAAUGGACAGAGUUGGUGCAAAUGGAAAAGCCCCAGCCAGUGAACCCAGAACUCACUUCCUGGCACAUCACUGGAGUGUUAGAUAAGCUCAACAAAUUCAGAGUGGAUGAUCCUCUGAGUAAGGAAAAGGCGAAUCACUAUAUGAGCCUUUCUGAGGAUGUGAGAAAUGUGAUAUUUGGAGAUGACCAUGAUGGUGCGCCUGGGGAGUCCCAGAGAGCAGAGAACUUUGCAGCAUGGGGAGCUCAGGCCUUCUUCUCUGGCAGGCAUAACUGGGAAGUGGAUGUAACCCACUCCUCCAACUGGAUUCUGGGAGUCUGUAAAGAUUCCAGGACAGCAAACACAAAUCACAUUCCUGCUUUUGAGGAAGCAUUUUUUCUAUUUUCUUCAAAGAGAAACUACCUUUAUAGCCUCUCCAACAUCUUUUUUCCCUUAACUCACUAUGUGCAGAGACCUUUGGGUCGGGUUGGGGUCUUUCCGGAUUAUGACAACACAGUUGUGAGCUUUUAUGAUGUUUCAAAAGGUUCCCUCAUAUACAGCUUUUUCCCUACCUCUUUUUCUUCCCUUUUGACACCUUUCUUUUGUUUUGGUUCCCCAUGA